AUGGCAAAUGACGACGUUUUCGUAUCCUCCUCGUGCCGUUUUUCUACGCGUAUCUCGCUACGAUGGCUCCCAGAGCCAGCAUUCGAAAACACAGAUACUAUUGUCAUGUCGGUAAAGGACUGGUACCUGGAUCUACGAAUGGAUAAGAAGACCAGCGCAAUCGACUGGGCAAUCGCAGGUCAGCGAUUAAUCGAAACCCAAGAUCCUCUGCGAGUAUCCUUCACGCAUGAGCUAGACUCGCAUAAUGAAUUUGAAAGUGUGGACUGUGGGACUUUCGUCUCUCUUCCAAAUGGCGAUGAUCUUGAGACUGGGUCGAUGCCUCGCUCAGAUCUACCUGGGGCUCCAGUAACCGAUUAUGAGGAGAUUUGGAGGGAGUUGCCAUUUAAGGAGGGUCCCGAAGGGUCGAAGAAGGGUAUGUCAUGGGUUCUUGAAUCUGAUAGUGGCCUUGAGGAGCAAGAAGGCGAGGUCACUGUCAUGAAAACAUUUUUGGGUCGGAUUUGGGGGACAUAUCUGGUUUUGCAGCAGAAGCAGACGACGGUUCGCACAAAAGAUGCGCCUGGAGGGUGGAGUGUGAGUAAAACCGGUGUCGAUGUUAGCGCCAGGAGGGAGGAGUGGGAGUCUGGGUGGCAGGCGAAAUAUGUGGUUGGAGAUGCGGGCAAGGAUCUACCCUCGAUGAUUGCUGGGUUGGAUGGUGAAGGAGAGGGAGUAUGGAGGAUCCCUGGUGAGAAGGUCAUCAUUAACGGGCAAUCAUAUAUUGUUCGUGCCUUUGAGGAACUAUAG